AUGUCCUGCACCGCAGAGUUGCGCGCAUUGAGCUCGUUGAGACGCUUGCGACCAAAUUCGAGGUCUUCGUACAAUGUCGUCACAUCACGAGCAACGCCAAAAUGCACACAAUAUCCGACAUGCUAUUCAACCCUGAGCUUACGCCCGGCAGCAUCAACUCAGAAACCUCUCGCAAGCUCGAGACACAGCCGAACGCAAGAUGUACGGUUCAUAUCGCAGGUUGCUAGCAAGAAGAAGCAUCGUGCUUAUGUGGCAUUGGGAAGCAACAUGGGUGAUAGAGUGGCUAUGAUCGAGCAGGCAUGCAAAUAUAUGGAAGCUGGUGGCAAGAUCAAGAUCCUACGUACUAGCAGUUUGUGGGAGACCAAGGCUAUGUAUGUGGUUGAUCAAAACAUGUUUGUGAAUGGUGCAUGUGAGAUAGAAACAUCACUCUCGCCAACGGAGCUACUGGAUGAGCUUCAGGCAGUCGAGAACAUCAUGGGUCGUGUCAAAGUCAUCGACAAAGGGCCCAGGAACAUUGACUUAGACAUCCUACUGUAUGAGGACGUUACAAUGAAGAAUGAAAGACUGCAACUACCGCACGCUCUGAUGCUCGAGAGAGAGUUUGUGCUACGACCACUCUGCGAGUUGAUACCAGAGGAAAGCCUGCCUAAGGAUGAAGCUCUACCAGCAGGUGCGCUCGAAGAGCAUCUAUUACGCCUUCCCAGAUCGGACGAGCCUAUGUCGCCUUUGACACCGCUUGCAGCCGGACAGCCCAAUAUCACAGCUUAUCAGUCGAAUCGAGAUACGCGUGUCAUGUCGAUUCUCAACGUCACACCAGACUCGUUUUCUGAUGGAGGCAAGAACUUCAACAACAAUGAAGCCACGCUUGCGAAUACGAUCAGAUCGCACAUCUCAGCUGGAGCCACCAUCCUUGACAUUGGCGGUCAAUCGACCCGGCCUAGCGCUGUCCAAGUCUCAGCGAAGGAAGAGCUUGCCCGUAUACUGCCCGCUGUCGACUUGAUUAAGCGUUUGCCCGAGGCAAAAAAUAUUGCAAUCAGCAUCGAUACAUAUCGCGCCGAUGUAGCUGAAGAAUCGAUCAAAGCUGGCGCGCACAUCAUCAAUGAUGUAAGCGCUGGUCUCAUGGACGACAAGAUGCUCUCCACAAUGGGGAAGCUUGGAUGCACGGUCUGUCUCAUGCACAUGCGCGGCACGCCAGAGACCAUGACCAAGCUCACUUCGUAUCCUGACGGUAUCAUCGAAGGCGUAGGUCGCGAGCUCCUCGAACGCGUGCGUGCUGCUCAGGCAGCAGGCGUCCGCCGCUGGCGCAUUAUUCUCGAUCCGGGCAUUGGCUUUGCAAAGACACAAGAGCAGAAUUUGGAGUUGCUCCGACGUCUGCAUGAGCUGACGAAGUACCCCGGCUUAGAAGGCUUCCCAUGGCUUGUAGGUACGAGCAGGAAGGCCUUCAUUGGCAAGAUCACCGGCAUACAAGAAGCAAAGGACCGAAUUUGGGGCACUGCGGCUGCUAUUGCAGCGGCCGUAGAAGGUGGCUCUGACAUUGUGAGGGUUCAUGACGUAGCUGAGAUGAGACAGGUUGCUAAGAUGGCUGAUGCUAUCUGGAGAGUGUGA